AAUCAGCAGGCAGCACCUGGCAGACUGUAGCCGACAUGGUGAAGAUUGAAACACACACCAUCACCGGCCUCCUCCCCAACACCAUCUACCUGUUCAUCGUUCGAGCGGUGAACGCCUACGGCCUGAGCGACCCCAGCCCCAUCUCUGAGCCCGUCAGGACCCAAGAUGUGAGUCCCACGGGGCAGGGCGUGGACCACAGGCAGGUGCAGAGGGAGCUGGGGGAGGUGGCCGUCCAGCUGCAGGAGCCCGUGACCCUGACGCCGUCCUCCAUCAGAGUGUCCUGGACCGUGGACCGUCAGUCUCAGUACGUGCAGGGCUACCGGCUCUUCUACCGGCCCAGCGGGGGGUCCUGGCUCCUGCAGGAUAUCAACUCCCCCUCUGAACGCAGCACCACUCUCACCAACCUGCUCAAAGGAACCGAGCACGAGAUAAAGAUCCGUCCAUAUUUCGAUGACUUCCAGGGAAAGGACAGUCGGACGUUACUGGUUCGAACCACAGAAGAAGUCCCCAGUGCCCCACCGAGAUCUGUUACCGUGGUGACGGUGAAGCUAAGCAACAGCUCCAACAUCAGCGUCUCCUGGGAGCCCCCCCCCAGCGAGAUGCAGAAUGGUAUCAUCCAGGAGUACAGG